GAAUAUGGAACGUUUUCUCUCGAACCGAACUCCAACAAACAAAAAAAUAUUGCUUGUGAAAGCAUAGCGCUGUUGUUACAAUUGCGUCUUAUUUUAAUAUCUGUUAAUAUAAUAAUUCAUUUUUAAAGAAACAAACCAUGUGCAUGAACUCUUGAGUGAGUGUAUUAUUUGAAAUAUUAUAGUUUAUAAUGAUACAUAAUAUUUGUACCCACUUGAAUACGCAAGUGACCCAGCCAGCAAUGGCCACCAUUUUAGAAUCGUUCGAAGUAAUUGUAUAAUAAUAAUCGAGCAAGAUGGUGUCGACAAGGCAGAUGAGUAGUAUCGGAGGUGGCAAUGGAAGUAACGAUGGUCCUGGGCCAUCUCACGCAGAGCCUGUAACCGUGGCGCGGGUAACACGCCACUCCAGUGCCUUACUCCCUGGGGGCUCUUCGCCACACGGUGUAUCCAAUAAAAAUGUAAUAGUGCCGGCACCUAAGACGUAUUCAACUAAUUUGCUCGAUUUGCCUAUCGAAGUUUUAGAAAAAGUAUUUCGCUACUUGGGAUUCAAAAGUGUCUCGCACCUUAGAAUGGUUAAUCGUCAAUUCAACACUGUAUGUAGUAGUAUUCUGAAUUCAACAUUUCAACGGUUACAAAAUCAGAUGCUUCAUAGAUUCCAAGCAAUCAAAGCUAAAAUGCCUCGAAGGGAGUCUGCAAGAAGGAGUCAUCCACUUGCUUGUGAAUCUGAUAUUAUUGAAACCCUGCACAUGAGAUUAAGCUUAUUACAAAUGACAUUUGGCAAACACAUUGAAAGGAAACACUGUUGUUUUUUCCCAGGGGAGAUCCUUGAUGAAGUGUACAGUAUUCUAUCUUAUCUGAAAACAACAACAAAAUUAGCAAGGCCUUAUAAAGUAACAGAUGAGCUUUUUGAUUUAACAACGAUGGCCAUGGAAUAUUUCAAAGAGCAUAUUGAGCCCAACUUGCCUGAAAUAACAUAUUUUGGCACGGAUUUCUUUGAUAUCACAACUGCCUUCUCACCGGGUGAGAGCAGUAAAUCUUACAUUUGCCUGGACUCUCCGCCGCCCAGCGGGUUCGAGUCGUCGUCCCAGCAGGCGGGCGGCGCGUCCACGUCCGAGCGGCGCGUGUCGUCGCUCAACCUGUACAUGGAGGAGAGCCUGCCGCCCUCCCCGCCCCCGCCGCAGAGCAAUAUGGUGUUGAGGAAAAGAAUACACCGUAUUAAGCAAGGCAUGAAGAAGUACAAUGAUCAAUUAUCAGCACUAAGAAGUGAUCUUCGGAGUUGUAAACGUAAGACAGCUCUUCAACAGAAACAAAUAGCGGAACAGCAAAAACAGAUUGCGGAACAACAGAAACAAACGUUAGAGUAUGCUAAUCGGUUAGAUGACUAUGAUAAAAAGAAUGAGGAAACGAGUCGGAAAUUUCAAACUUUACUACAGGAGCUGAAUAAGUGCAAGACGGAGCUCCAGUACUGGCGCUCGCGCUCGCCCGCCGUGCCGCCGCUCUGCGCCGAGUGCGGCGCCUCGUUGCGACUCUCGCCGGCGCUGGCACAGUGGGCGGCUGGUACGAGUGCGGACGCAAGCGAGGAGAUGGCGGGCGGCAGCAAGGACUGCGCGGACGCAGACGUGGACACGCCCACGGAGACCAAGCCCGAGCCGCGCGACAGCGACGACACCACGCACACGCCGCCCACGCGCCGUCGCGCGUCCGCCGACGCCACGCCCGACCGCAAAAAGCGCCGCCUCACUAGACCUAGGAAGCUAUGAAAACGACCUGACCACCGACGUCGAGGUAUGCGAUCGCUCACCGGCGACGCUUCAUCGAACUUAUACGCUGCUGUUAGUGCAGAGGGUGUGAAUGUGUAUAAAGAUUAAGUACUUUACAGGAGAGAAUAAAAACUGAUUAUAUUUUCUUUUCUUCUCUCUGCCAAUUCUGGUGAGUAAUGUUUAACUUUAUGUUAAAGCUUCAAAUUCAUGGAUUAAAAAUUUACAGAUAUGCGAUACUUUACAAUUUUAAAUUGGAUCUUUUUUUAUACACAGUUAUUAUAUUUGCACUAACAGUAGCAUAUGUGUUCUUUAUUGUGGUACAUACUUUAUAUGGUAACGAAUCAAGAAUAAUUGGUAAUUUUUUUUUAGUUUUGCUGUAAUGUCAAUUUACUACUAUUCCUUUUCGAAAAUAUUGAAAUACAUAAAAAAAUAAAUCGCAUCAUGCUUUGUGUAUCAUCUCAUGUUUUUUUCGUUUCUCAUGUAUCUAAAAUACAUUUGGAAUAUGUCUAAAAACAAAUGAU